GCGGGAGAGCAGAGGAGGGAGGGCAGCAGCCACAAAUAUCACUAACUCAGCUUGUAUACACGAGAAAUGUGGACUUUUCCUCCCGGGAUGUUUAUUACCAGAGAACAAUACACCGGUCUGGGGAUUUAAGUCGUUCGUGGACUGUACUUGAAGACGACUUCGAACUCGAAAGGAAAGAAAAACAACACUGGGGGAAAGAAAACGGGUAUCACACACAACAGUGACAAUAAAACAAGUGCCGAGCCUGGUGGCGAGGUGAGCUCCGGCUACAACACCCGCACACCUCGGGCACAUUGUUCAGAAUAUAUGUGUAUGUAGCUUCCCAAAAGAGUGUUUAGUGUGUGAACUUUAAACUCAGGAAACAAUGGAGCCGUAGCGAGCAGGAUCAUCAAGUGUCGAGGCUGAUAGCCGCCCGGAUAGCUAGCUCGGUUAGCGGCGGCCGAGCCCAAACUUUCUGCCUCGUUUCCCCCCGGAGCCCAAAACACUGAAGCCCGUUUGUGAGGACGGAGGGGAAGGGCGGGCUCCCUUCUGGACGGGUUCCCCUCUACGUGUGUGUGUAACAUGAUGGCUGCGGAGGUGAGCAGCGAGGAUGCGGGCUCGGCCGGGGGAGGCCCGGACCUGGACCCUUACUACCCCGACCAGAGCCCCGGCCAGCACCAGGACACCUCCCCGGAGACGGUGCUCUACUCCCCGCCCGGCGGCGACGCGCCGGGGCCGGGGGUGCCUGGACCUGGAGCUGCAGCUCCACAUGCAGCUGCACAUGCAGCUCUCCACGGGACACUCUCAGGGACGGCGGCCGGCACGUGUCACUCCCCCACCGGGGACAGCAACGCCGCCAGCCGGUUCUCACCCACAUCCAAAGGCCCGGACAGCCCCACCGUGUUCCCCCCGCUGCCGCCGCCGCCCACCCCCCCUUCAGGUGGCGGGGGGCUCGGCCUCACCAUGGAUGAAAACGACAUGCAGGAUGGGACGGAGUACGAGGAAGAAGAGGUGGAGUUUCCUCUAUCUGCACCUCCCCCGAACCAGUGGUACCAUGGCAAAUUAGACCGAACCAUCGCAGAGGAGCGUCUGCGCCAGGCCCGAAACCCUGGUAGCUACCUCAUCAGGGAGAGUGACCGCCGGCCCGGUUCCUUUGUCCUGUCUUUCCUCAGUCUGAACAAUAUGGUCAACCAUUUCAGGAUCAUUGCCAUGUGUGGGGACUAUUACAUAGGUGGGCGGCGGUUCUCUUCUUUAUCUGACCUAAUUGGUUACUACAGCUAUGUGUCUUGCCUACUAAAAGGAGAGAAACUGCUAUCACCUGUGGCACCUCCAGAGCCUGUAGAAGAUAGGAGGAGAGUGAGGGCCAUACUGCCAUACACCAAAGUGCCAGAUACUGAUGAGAUCAGCUUCCUGAAAGGGGACAUGUUUAUUGUUCACAAUGAACUGGAGGAUGGCUGGAUGUGGGUAACCAAUGUUCGCACAGAGGAGCAAGGGCUCAUUGUGGAGGAUCUGGUGCAGGCGGUGGGCCGGGAGGAGGAUCCACAUGAGGGAAAAAUCUGGUAUCAUGGAAAGAUCACCAAGCAAGAAGCUUACAACCUUCUGAUGACGGUUGGCCAGGUGUGCAGUUUUUUAGUGAGACCAUCUGAUAACACACCUGGAGACUACUCCCUUUUCUUUCGUACCGGUGAAAACAUCCAGAGGUUUAAGAUCUGCCCCACGCCAAACAACCAGUACAUGAUGGGGGGGAGGUACUACAACAGUGUUGAUGACAUCAUCGACCAUUACAAGAAAGAACAGAUUGUAGAGCGUUACACUCUGAAAGAUCCAGUUUCGGUCCAGCAGCAAGAGCAAGUACUUAGUGACACAGUGGAUGGGAAAGAAAUUUAUAACACUAUAAGACGGAAACCAAAAGAUGCUUUCUACAAAAACAUAGUCAAGAAAGGCUACCUCCUGUUCUACAAAGGCAAAGGCAAAAGGUGGAAGAAUCUUUAUUUCAUCCUGGAGGGUAACGAUGCACAGCUCAUUUAUUUUGAAAGUGAGAAGAGAGCCACCAAACCCAAAGGGCUGAUUGACCUAAGCGUGUGCUCUGUGUAUUGCGUGCACGACAGCCUGUUUGGCAGGUCAAACUGUUUCCAGAUUGUUGUCCAGCACUUUAGUGAGGAACAGUACAUAUUCUACUUUGCAGGAGAAACCCAGGAGCAGGCACAGGACUGGAUGAAAUGCCUUCAAACCUUCUGUAGUAACUUAAGAAAAACCACUGCACCUGCCUCCAACAAGAGGCUUAGACAGGUGAGCAGCCUGGUACUGAAUGUGGAGGAGGCCCAUAAGCUGCCAGUGAAGCAUUUCACCAACCCCUACUGCAACAUCUACCUAAACAGUGUUCAGGUUGCUAAGACGCACCCGCGGGAGGGACAGAAUCCCGUCUUCACUGAAGAAUUCAUCUUUGAUGACUUGUCUAGUGAAAUUAACAGAUUUGAAAUCAGCCUAAGCAACAAAACAAAAAAGAGCAAAGAAAGUGAUAUCUUGUUCAUGCGUUGCCAGCUAAACCGUCUGCAGAAGGGCCAGAUGAUCGACGAAUGGUUUCCUCUCAGCUCUCACAUUCCUCUGAAGGGCAUCGAGCCUGGCUCCUUGCGUGUGCGUGCUCGCUACUCCAUGGAGAAAAUCAUGCCUGAGGAGGAGUACAGCGAAUUUAAGGAGAUGAUCUUGGCAAAGGAUUUUUAUGUCAUCUAUGCUUUAGCCCACGUGUGUGGUCAGGACCGCACUUUACUGGCAAGCCUCCUCCUACGGAUCUUCAGACAUGAGAAAGCUGAAGCCCCACUACUUAGAACCCUCAAUGACAGAGAGAUUAGCGUGGAGGAUGAAGCUACAACGUUGUUCAGAGCGACGACACUGGCCAGCACACUGAUGGAGCAAUACAUGAAGGCCACAGCCACACCCUUUGUCCUCCACGCUCUCAAAGACACUAUCCUCAAGAUCAUGGAGAGCAAACAGUCCUGUGAGUUGAACCCCUCCAAACUGGAAAAGAAUGAAGAUGUGAAUAUGAAUCUGACUCAUCUCCUCAACAUUCUGUCUGAGCUGGUAGAGAAGAUCUUCCUGGCUGCUGAGAUCCUACCGCCCACGUUGAGGUACAUCUAUGGCUGCCUGCAGAAGUCCGUGCUACUGAAGUGGCCCACCAACACCACCAUGCGGACAAGAGUUGUAAGCGGCUUUGUCUUUCUCAGACUGAUCUGCCCUGCCAUCCUCAACCCCCGAAUGUUCAAUAUCAUUGAUGACCCUCCAUCAACAACAGCAGGCAGGACCCUCAUACUGGUCGCCAAGUCUGUCCAGAAUCUGGCCAACCUGGUUGAAUUUGGUGCUAAGGAGCCCUACAUGGAAGGUGUAAACCCUUUUAUCAAAAACAACAAACAGCGGAUGAUCAUGUUUCUGGAUGAGUUAGGGAAUGUUCCUGACAUGCCUGACAUCACAGAGUACUUUAGGACAGACCUGUCCAGGGACCUAGCAGCACUGCAUGAGGUCUGUGUUGCACACUCAGAUGAGCUUCGCACCUUGAGCAAUGAGAGGGGCACACAGCAGCAUGUGUUGAAAAAGCUGCUGGCCAUCACAGAGCUCCUCCAGCAGAAGCAGGCUCAGUAUGCCAUGUCCAACAGUAACAGGACAGAGUGCACCAUCAUGUCUCUGGCUGCUGCCAUUCAGGUAAUGUGAGUUUGACAGAUUUCCACCCGAGAAUGCGGCGUGCAGACCGCACAGCCAGCCUGCCAAAGUGAGGCCUCUUUCAUGAGGUACACGACCGAAGACUAAAGUGAGCAUGUGGCCUCGAUUCCUGGUGGUCCAAAUGCAAUAUGACUCUUCUCCAUGGAAAACCACUUGCUGCAUAUCUGACUACUGUCCUUCCAAAGCCCUUUCCAAAAUUGGUUCUACACUUAACUGUGUACUGAGCUUUUAACUGAAGACGCUGAAGGUGACUUCUCUGAAGAUCUUAGCUGAAUUUACUACAGAAAAUGCCUGAACUACUUUUUUUUUUUUCUUGGGAUUUUGACCACAUCCUCAAGUCUGACUGGUAUUUGUCGAUUAUUAUCAUGGAGCCUGAAAAAGGGGGAAAAUAAGGGGGCUUCCUGUUGGGCCACUCCUCUCAUUGGACAAUAUAACUUGGUUACACGAUAUUAGAGGGGAGAUGAUCCAAAGCAAUGAAGUAGCGUUUUUCUGCUGUCAUCAGGGAAUUUUAAACAUAGCACCUCUUUCCAAGACGACACGAGCCUUAACUCCCUUUUUACUCACCAUCCUGUCACCUGUGUCACCUGAUUUUAUGAUAAGCCUCCAUUGUCUUGGUGCAUAAACCUCCAUGCAGCACGAAAACCACUUGUUACAUUUUUAUAUGCUGCUCUUGUUUGCCAUCAUUUACCUGGGCUUUUAAAUAGAUGCAGUUUUUAUGUAUGACAUAGCUGAACAGAGCUGAGCGAUAGAGUUUGUAGGCGAUACCUGUAGCGUGUCCUGUGCAUGUGUUGAACCUAAACCGAUCAUGUUAUAGUGUCUGGGCCUACAUAUAUGCUGCUUUAAUAACCACCACCUGAACUCCCUCUAUGCCUUUUGGAUGUUAAUGAAAGCUUUGGUGCAUUGCAUUCCCUCCCGGUCCUCCGCCAUCACCGAUGUCUCCUCCGUACAUCUGACUGUUUUCUUACAGAUCCAGCCUGAGCGCUCAUGCCACGCACAGAUAUGUCAACUUCAAAGUCAUGCGGGUUGGCGACUGUAUGUCCAAAUCUGUGCCUGUCAUAGCUCAACUUUACCAGACUGUUUACUGUAGUUGCACUUAAGAUACCACAGACCUCACCAAAUGUUAACGGACAACCGGCGAAGGAUGAGACAACUAAUGAGCAUAAGAGUCUCAUUAGCUACACCGAGUAUCAGACUUGCUCUGGAUGAUGUAGGUAGCAGUGAGGCAUGCAGUUGUACAUCCUUUCUGUAUUUCUUACAGCUGAUAUGUUCCUUUUUAUUUUUCUACCCAAUUCUGAACCUUGACCUUUUGCAUCUUAGAUAAAACCUGGCUGAAAUAAAACCGGUUACUAAAUA